CAUAUACUGAAGCAAAUAAGAAAACAAGUUAUAAAACACAAUGAGCGACGAACAAAUUCCGAAUUUUCAGCCUUUGGUGUCCGAGGAAAAUGAUGAAAACUCUGGUAAUAUGACUGUAGAUCGACCAAUGUCACCACCACCGGAAGAAAUUGUGGAGGCUAUAGAAGUGGUUGAAGACUCGCCUUUAUUACCCGAACCAGAAGCUCCGAUAUCCGCGCCUCGAAGGAGCGCCAGAAUCGCUAAUCGUAAUACAACUUGUAAGAAGCUUAAAGACAGCUCAAGCUCAAGCGAGCCGAAGAUAAAUUCCAGAAAACCCAAAACAGGAAAGGUGCAGAAACCGAGAUGGGCUCGAUCUGGUAAACAAGUAUAG